AGAGCGAGGUAACUAGAAACUGAGCUGGAGAACGAAGUAGCACGGCUGACUCCUGCAAAGAGGAAGAAGACAAAGAAGCAGGCUCGGGAGGCACGAGCACGCCUGUAGGAAAAGGAAAAUUUGCACGUGAAAUCAGAGGAAGGGAGAGCAGUGGAGGGCUGAGCGGGUCAAGAAAACUAAGAAUUGGCCUAUAGAGGAGCGAGAAUCCGAGGGUAAAGAGGAGGAAUUCUGUUUCGAAUAAGAGGGAGCCUAGAGAGAGGAGCAUAUUAGAGAGAAUCAGAGGAUUGUAGGGGGUAUCUCGGGUUUCUGGGAGAAACAGAGGGGAAACUGAGCAGAUGGAGUUCGUUCAAAACCCUGAGAUGCAAGAAGAAAGAGAAGAUACAAAAUCACCAGAAACCAUAAGCAAGAAAUCAAGUAAAAAAAGGAAGAGAGAGAGGAAGCAUGACGGGGAGGAAGAAAAGAGAGAAGAAAUCCAUGCGACAAUCAAGUAUAUCACAGCGCAGCCUGAUAAGGUCCCUCCUGUAGUAGCAUAUUUCUCAUCUGGGUAUAACCCAGUUGUCGAAACUCAACGAAACCAAGAAACUUACAAUAAUGGUGUUAAUGAUCAAUCGCCGAACAAGAAUUUAGAAGCACCUAGGGUUAAAAUUUACAGGAACAAGGUUGAGAAAAAGAGCAACAGGUUGCAGGUUGUGGUGAGCCCACCUGGUUCAAAAGUGGAGUUUGUAGGUUCCAAUUUUGCUGGCGAAGGCGCUACGAGGCAGGUCUGUGUCUACACGCUUGGGGUUCUUGACAAGGAGACCAACACUUUGAAGAUUGUACCUAUUGCUUCUAACAAGAUAAUCAGAUUGGAACCAAGGGUUGGAGGUCUAGACUAUGAUAAGGAACCUUCUUCAGUUUCAGUUAAGACUGAACUCUCUGCUGAGCAGAGGGCCGACAGGAUGAGAGAGCUUACUAAUCUUUAUGGGACUAAGAAAUCUAUCAGCCAGGCAAAAAAGAGGAGGGCCUUGAACCAAGGAGAUGAUCCUGAAUCUCAGAAGAUUCUAGACAGCAAAAUUAAAGAAGUGGAGAUAAAUAUGGAGGCUCUUGAAAGUUCUAAUGCUCUUAUUGCUCGAAAUAUCCCUCCAUAUGACUCUUCUGCCACCGAUCCGAAGGAUGCAUAUCCAUUGGAUAAAAUCAUUCUCAAUGGAGAGUGGGCUUACCUUGAAGAUAUUUAUAAGCUUUUGCAAAUAGGAAGGGAAGUAGCUACUGAUUCAUGUCCAGCUUUCAUUCGCAACAGAAUCUAUAAAUUGCAUGAUAUUAAGGACGAGACAGAGAAGAAGACACGUGCUUGCAUUUUCUCAUUUAUUGGUCAUCUUGUUAAGUUCAAAGACCUGUAUUCCCUGGAUGGUUUUUCCUCAGCAAAAGACCACAAGAUCCCGAACAUUUUACGCAAUAGGUUUUCUUCAGUUUUUUCUGAAGCAGGAUCAAAAAGGCUACCGGUUGAUAAAAUCAAUCUUCUCAUUAGUUAUGUGUUGGUGCUCACUCUACAUGUUGAUGAAUUCCGGACUGAUCCAUCUGAUAUAGCCAAGGACCUAAGGAUGAGUCCUAUCACAUUAAGAUCACAUUUUGAGAACUUAGGGUGCAAGUUCUCACGUGAGAAAAGCUUGUUGUUUGCUACACUUCCUGUACCUUUAAAGUUUCCAUCAGUAAGGCAAAGGCGGCGACGUUAGAUGGUAAAAUUUUUGUUAAUUGUGUUGCUGUUGUAUUAAAAUAAAAAAAGAAAUGAAAUAAUGAUGAAUUUAUGCUUAAUCUUUGGGCAUAAAUUUAGUGCUAGGAACAGAGUGGAAACAGCUCUGUUAAAUCAUCUAUUUAUAAUGGUCACUUUUUGUUAGCAAUUUUUUGGAGGUACCAAUGAAGUAGCUUUUUUUCCUUAAAGAUUAUUGUGAUAUUUAUUGGAAUGAGAUUGUGCUAGUCGGGCACAAGCAGGUGAUUCUGGUUCUUGCCGGCUUUGCUUUAGAACUUUUGGUUUGCCAUUGGAAUGGUCACUACAUGAAUUGACACAA